GAACAGAACGCCUGACGCUUUCUCCUGAUGUCUCGUCUCGUGGUCUGCUACCGAACACAGUACACAACUGGCUUUCCUUUCUGCUGCUGCCUUCUAUUCACUUCCAUUUCCAUUUUCUCCGUGCCGCUCGCCCGCUGGAAUCCUCCGAUGCGCGCCGCCUCUCGUUUCUGCUCGUUCUUCCUCCCCUAACCCACAACCGACACCUGGCACCUGACACCUGACAACCCACAAGCGGAAACCCACCACCAAACAUGACGACGGCCUUGUCGCUCUUGGCCCUGCUGUGGGCAGCUGGAGCUGCUCUGGGCGCUGACACGGCAACGCCGACCUUUCCUGCGACGUUCGAGGUCGAUUUGAUCUUCCCGCGCAACGAAACGUACGCGCCAACGCCCUUCUUCCCCAUCGUUUUUGCUGUCCAGAACGCCGCCCUGGCCCGGUCGAUCGAGACGGACUUCGACCUGGAGCUGUAUGACACCACCGCCGGCCACAACUUCUCCGGCGAGAGCCCCUUUCUAAAACCGGAGCGCUUCAACUUCACUACCGAGCCGACGUAUAUCUACACGUGGGUCGCCAGCCUUGGAACGACACACGGCCUCGCAGAGACCACGCACCAGCUCUCAUGGAGCUUCAGUUCAGUGAACUGCUCAAAUUCGAGCGAAUACUUCCAUCUCGGCGGGGCCCUCCAGCCGGCCAACCCGGUCUUUUUUACUAUCCGUAACGGCACCCAACAGACCGACUUCGUUGCCGCUCUGGCGAACAACGAGUCGUGCGCCGACAGGAGCCACGCCGCCUUCAACGUGACCGGCACGUUGCCGGCCGCGCCGUUGUUGCAAAACGGCUACAACUCAUGCGCCGUCCUCUCCAAUGUGCAGCCGUUUGUGUCGGGAAACCCGUGUGCAGUGAAGCUCAGCACCGAGACGGCAAGCAGCAUCAUGGCGGCCAUGACGGCCGAGGUCUGCAAGGACAACAACAACAACGUGACCUUCUUGAGCUGCCCGUCAACGGGGGCGGCGCCCUCUGGGCGGGGGAAGGCGAGGUACACCGUUAUGCUGGGAGCGUUGGGUUUUAUCGCGGCUUUGUGGCUACUCUGAUCUAGUCUGUAGUGUAAAGCGCGAGAAUGCGCGGCAUCACGUGGACAUUUCGGGUCCAUCAUUAAUAUUUUUUUUUUUUUUUUUUUUUUUUUUUUUCUUCCGUUUCUUUGGAUCGCCUGUCUUGACUUUGGACUUUGCGCACCCAGUUAGCUAAUACCUGAAUUCACUCUGGUUCUGCCAU